AUGCGUGAGAGGCGUCCCACGAGUAGCACUAUGCGUGAGGGGAGUCACACGAGUAGCACUAUGCGUGAGGGGCGUCCCACAAGUAGCAUUAUGCGUGAGGGGUGUCACACGAGUAGCCAUAUGCGUGAGGGGUGUCCCACGAGUAGCACUAUGCGUGAGGGGCGUCCCACGAGUAGCACUAUGCGUGAGGGCCGUCCCACGAGUAGCACUAUGCGUGAGGGGCGUCCCACGAGUAGCACUAUGCGUGAAGGGUGUCCCACGAGUAGCACUAUGCGUGAGGGGUGUCCCACGAGUAGCACUAUGCGUGACUGGUUUCCCACGAGUAGUACUAUGCGUGAGGGGCGUCCCACGAGUAGCACUAUGCGUGACGUGUGUCCCACGAGUAGCACUAUUCGUGAGGGGAGUCCCACGAGUAGCACUAUGCGUGAGGGGCGUCCCACGAGUAGCACUAUGCACGAGGGGCGUCCUACGAGUAGCACUAUGCGUGAGUGUUGUACCACGAGUAGCACUAUGCGCGAGGGGCGUCCCACGAGUAGCACUAUGCGUGAGGGGCGUUCCACGAGUAGCACUAGGCGUGAGGGGCGUCUCGCGAGUAGCACUAUGUGUGAGGGGCGUCCCACGAGUAGCACUAUGCGUGAGGGGCGUCCCACGAGUAGCACUAGGCGUGAGGGGCGUCCCAUGAGUAGCACUAUUCGUGAGGGGCGUCUCGCGAGUAGCACUAUGCGUGAGGGGCGUCCCACGAGUAGCACUAUGCGUGAGGGGCGUCCCAAGAGUAGCACUAUGCGUGAGGGGGCGUCCCACGAGAAGCACUAUGCAUGA